AUGUGCAGCCUGUCCGAGGCUGAGAUGGAGGAGGAGGCCGCAGAGCUGAGCCAGUGGCAGGGGAUGGCCGAGUGCCAGCCCCCGAUGGAUACUGAGAAGUCUGUAUCUAUCCUGGACAUGUCUCCAUCUCCUGGAAGCAAUGGAGUGCACACCUGUUGGAACCAUAGCCCAUCAGGCAUUCAACACUUUUCACAGGGCACAGAGCUUGCAAGGACCCCCUUGGUGUCUGCCGGGGCACCCAGGCAGAAUGCGGUUGAAAUGGGGCCACAGUUCAGUAUGUUGCUGCCUGAGUGUGGUGUGAGCUACUGCUGCCCUCAAGCGACUCUUAGGCCUUCCCAGAUGAUUUACUGUCAGGAAAUGCUUACCCAGCCAGGGAUGAUGAUUUUCAAGAGGCCCCAGAUGAUGCCCUCAGUAGAGCCUAGUGUUCCAAGGGUGGCCCUGACCUUCAGUGGGAAUCUAAGGAUGCCUCUCAAUGUGCCACCACUCUCACUUCCCACUGGAAUCCCAACAAUGUCCCACAUCACAACCCCAACAAUGUCUUAUUCUGGACCCCCAUCAGUUCCUUCUAACAGAGCCUCAUUAACUCCUAAAAUGUCAUUGACCCCAACCAUGCCUUCCACUGAGGCACAGGCAAUGCUCCCUUCUUUGGCUCAUAUGUUGCCCCUUAAAGAUUCCCACGACCUUGGGAUAUCCCCACCUGGGUCUCCAUCAUUGUUGGCUUUAGAAUCCCAGAAUACUCUUGUGAGCCAGCCAGAUCCCCAGGAAGACCCCUUCCUACCUGAGCAGCUCAUACCUGCUCCACAGAGAGCAGAGCAGAACUCCAGGGCCCAGGAAGGGGCACCCAGAAAGAGAUCCCCAGUUUCAAGACCCUACCGUUGCCAGUAUGAGAACUGUGGAAAAGCUUAUACCAAGCGUUCCCACCUUGUGAGUCACGAGCGCAAACACACAGGAGAGAGGCCCUAUGCGUGCAAGUGGGAAGGCUGUAGCUGGACUUUCUCCCGUUCCGACGAGCUUGGACGACAUAUGCGGAUACACACCAGAUAUCGACCUCAUAGAUGUGAUCUGUGCGGCCGACAGUUCAUGAGAUCUGACCAUCUCAGGCAACACCAGAAGACUCAUCUGCAGGGGUCUGGAUCCCCAGACCCUCAGGCCAACAGUGGACACAUGGAUGAUCCUCCUGCCCCCGGUCUUUAG